AUGGAAGAACUCCCGAUCCGGCCUUCGGGCCUCUUCUGGCAGGACGACUUCAUCACGGCGGAGCACGAGGCGGAGCUGAUCCAGAUUUUCCGCGAGGAGCUCGAGUGGCCCGAACGCAGCGGCGGCAGGCUGUCGCUGCACUACGGCUACACGUUCGACUACAAGACGUUCGGCGUGGACCCGGACGUGCCGUACAAGCCGUUCCCGGAGUGGCUGCGGCCGCUCGUCCCAGAGUACGAGGGGCGGGACCCGGAGCAGGUGUGUCUGCAGUAUUACCCGCCGGGCGCGGGGAUCCCGCCGCACGUGGAUACGCAUUCGGCGUAUGACCAGCUGUACGCGUUGAGUUUGGGGGCGGGUGUUUUGAUGCAGUUUUCGAGGGUGAGGGAGGGAGCCGAGGAGAGGAGUGAUGGUGACGGAGGGAAGGAGGGCCAGGGUGAGGGAGGGAAGGAGGAGAAGGAGACGGUGGAGGUGGACCUCACGCCGCGGAGCAUGCUCCGGAUGUCCGGGGACGCGAGGCUGCACUGGACGCACGGGAUCAGGAAGCGCAAGACGGACGCGCUGCCGGACGGGACGGUCAGGCGGAGGGGGGACCGGUGGAGUAUCACGUACCGGUGGGUGCGGGAGCCGGCGGUCUGCGAGUGCGGGGAUGUGAGGCUUUGUGAUACCGCGCAGAGCAGGGCCGGGGUGGAGAGGGUUUUGCGGUGGAAGAAGGGGGAUGCGGGUGAGGGGAAGGAGUGA